AUGAUAAAUCCACAUGAAGCUUUGUUACGUAUUAAACGUCAUCUUUUAACACGACGUACAUUUAAACAAUCUGAUAGUGAAUCACCAUUAUUACUUGUUUAUGUUUUACGUGAACGCAUACGUAAAGGUUUGCAAUUAUAUUCAUCUGAGCUAUAUUUAUCAUUACAAAAUUAUGGUGAAUUAUUUUCAAAUCAAAUUAUUUGGUUUAUUGAUAAUACAAAUACCUUCGUACACAAACUUCUGGUUAUUUAUAUGGGUAUUAGCCCAUCAGAUAAUCUACAAAUAAAAGGAAUUCGUUAUGUUAUCUUAUCACCACAAAGAGAAUAUGCUUCAUCACAUUAUGAUACUAGGACAAAGUUUAUGAAAUUAUAUUUUUAUAAGUGCUCGUCAUAA